AUGACACUUAUCAUUCGUCAAAUCCGGGCACUUAUCUCUGAAGCACCUCUGCGUCAAAAGAAGCCUGAAAACAAGCGAUCCAAUGCUACUCAAGAACGAAGAAAAUCUCUGACAGUGAAAAUCAGCAAAGAGCCACCUGCCAUCGUCUAUUUUGAGCGAGACAAGCUGGAAGAUUCCUUUGAGUGCAUCUUUGAUCCGCAAGUUCAUCAUGACGACGAAAAAGACCACCCAGAUCUGUUUACUGAAAAAUGCAAGAAGAAGGAUUUGAAGCCUUGGCAAAAGCCUCCUUACUGCUCACAAAAUAGCACCAGCACAUUCAUGAGUCGCUUCAAAUCAACAUUUAUUAAGAAUAGCAUAAACACAACAGCAGCAGCACCGCUUGUUAUGCACCAGUCUAAUCACUCGGCAGAGCAAGUUGCUUAA